UCCGGCGCGGCUUCUCUGAGCGGGUGGCGACGAAGUCAUGGACCGCAACCCUUCGCCGCCGCUGCCCAGUCGGGACCAGGACGAGGAGGAGGGGGCCGGGGGUGACUGCAUAGGAAGCACGGUCUACAGCAAACACUGGCUCUUCGGCGUCCUCAGCGGGCUCAUCCAGAUUGUUAGCCCUGAAAAUACCAAAUCCAGCUCAGAUGAUGAGCAGCAGAUGGAGCUUGAUGAAGAAAUGGAGAAUGAAAUUUGCAGAGUAUGGGAUAUGUCAAUGGACGAGGAUGUGGCUCUAUUUCUCCAAGAAUUCAAUGCUCCUGACAUAUUUAUGGGAGUAUUGGCCAAAUCCAAAUGUCCUCGGUUAAGAGAAAUCUGUGUGGGAAUUUUAGGUAAUAUGGCCUGUUUCCAGGAGAUAUGUGUGUCCAUCAGCAGUGAUAAAAAUCUUGGACAGGUGUUAUUGCACUGUUUGUAUGAUUCAGACCCUCCUACUCUUCUGGAAACAAGCCGGUUGUUGCUUACUUGUCUUUCCCAGACAGAAGUAGCCAGUGUCUGGGUUGAAAGAAUCUGGGAAUAUCCAGCUAUUUAUGAUAGCAUUUGUUUCAUUAUGUCAAGUUCAACAAAUGUUGACUUGCUGGUCAAGGUGGGGGAGGUUGUGGACAAGCUUUUUGAUUUGGAUGAGAAGCUAAUGUUGGAAUGGAUUAGAAAUGGGGCUGUUCAGCCUCUGGACCCACCCCAGGAAGAUUCUGAAGAGCAGCCAGUGUUUAAGAUUGUGCCCUGUGUACUUGAAGCUUCAAAACAAGUACGUUCUGAAAAUCCAGAAGGGCUCGAUGUUUACAUGCAUAUCUUACAGCUGCUUACCACAGUGGACGAUGGAAUUCAAGCAAUUGUACAGUGUCCUGAUACUGGAAAAGACACUUGGAAUUUACUUUUUGACCUGGUCUGCCAUGAAUUUUGCCAGUCUGAUGAUCCACCCAUCAUACUUCAAGAACAGAAAACAGUGCUAGCUUCUGUUUAUUCAGUGUUGUCUGCCAUCUAUGCGUCACAGACUGAACAGGAGUAUCUAAAGAUAGAAGAAGCGGGUGGCGACGAAGUCAUGGACCGCAACCCUUCGCCGCCGCUGCCCAGUCGGGACCAGGACGAGGAGGAGGGGGCCGGGGGUGACUGCAUAGGAAGCACGGUCUACAGCAAACACUGGCUCUUCGGCGUCCUCAGCGGGCUCAUCCAGAUUGUUAGCCCUGAAAAUACCAAAUCCAGCUCAGAUGAUGAGCAGCAGAUGGAGCUUGAUGAAGAAAUGGAGAAUGAAAUUUGCAGAGUAUGGGAUAUGUCAAUGGACGAGAUAGAAGACUUUCUCAAAAUUCUACAUGAAGUUGAUAAAACUCUUGCUGAUGACCUGGAGCAAAACUUCCCAAGUUUGAAGGCUCAGACUUAAACACUGAAUUGGAGUUUCCUCUGCCCAAUAAAUGAACUUUACUUUCUGCACUGACAGUUGAAAUUGACAUAUAGGAGAUGUUAGGUAAAGCUUAUUGGACCCUCAUUGUCUGGCAUUACACCCGUACAUACCUUCUCCCUGCCCCAGUCUUCUCUCACUUUCAUUUGGCAUUGGAAUCUGGAGUUUCCUCUGCUGUCAAAUCCACCCCCCCUGACACACACACUUUUUUUUGUAUGGUUUUGUGUUAGUUGUCCUCUUUAGGUAAAGAAAACAAAAAUACAAGCUUAUUAUUGAAGUUCUUUCUAGGUUGAGGACUUGGUAAGGAUUUUCUUCAUACCUCUUAAUUUGAUUUUUACAUGAGAAUUUUGUAUUUGUCUCUACUGCAAGUACAUUCAGCUGCACUAGUAGAAAACCCUACUCCAGGAGCUUAAUCCGAUAGCUUUUAUGUAUCUAAUGCAAUAAGAAAUCCAGGGGUGGGCAUUCUAGACCUGAUUUGUUGACUCAGGGAUCCUGAUUCCUUUUACCUCUCCAUGUGGUCUGCAUGUAGACCUUUGGGUUCAUGUUUAUUGUCUUGUGGUUAAGGGGGAUAUAACAUCUCUGGACCUUCCAUCCCCAUUCAGACAGGAAAAAGGAGAAAGAGGUAAAGGGGCUUUGUCCUUGGAAGUCUUUUACCUUCAUAUUUGUAAAGGACAGCCCUCAUUGCCCAGACCUGUGCUGAUGGCCAUCUCUAACUGCAGCUAUUUGAAAUCAAGUCUUUUUUUUUUCUUUCUAGGGUCUAUAAGAGAGAAAGGCACAAAGAGAAGGGAGUUGUGAAAGGCUUUUUGAUAGUCAAUCUGUGAUGUUUGCUACAGUAUGAAAGCACAUCUUGGCCUUUUGUGAUUAUUGUGUCGAUUGUAUGCCAGAUGGUCAGUAACAUCUCAAAAGCAGUUUUUAGUUUAGCUUUGUUACAGUUUAAUUUUUUUUCACUGUUGUAGGUAUGAAGAUAUGAAGAUAGAAAUGUAACAUUUUGAUGAAAGCACAUUAGCAAAUUUUCUGUUUUCAGCAUAAUUCCAGUGGUUGAAUUUCAGAAAAUGAUUUGCUUGAGUGAAUUCAGAUUUUUUAAAAUUAAGAUGGAGUUUAAGAACUUCAGACUCUAUGCAAACUGCUAUAUGUGAUUUCCCUCACAUAUACUUUUAUCCUUCUGUAUAGUGCUUCAGAAUGAGAUCUGUGCAGAGAGUCAGCCAGGUAUUCUUAGGGAAGCAGUUCGCAUUAUUUAAUUACUAAAAGUAGAGUUUUUAAUAGAUUUUAAGAAAAUAGCAGUUAUGAAUAACAAAGCUAGCUUUUUACCAGUCUUCAAGUAGUCUUCUGGAUUAUUUACGCUGAUGUGACUGUUAAUCUACUUUUAUUUGUGGAAUGAAGUGAGCUUCGGAUCCUCUUACUCUGCUAUCUUUCCAGCCUCCUCCUUUGCUUAAAAAGCAAAGCCAGCUUCUUAAACCCCUCUUCUGGUAUACAGCCCCUUCUCAAUUUGUUGCAGAAUGUUUCUAGCUUUAGAAACAUUGGUCUUGUCUCACAUUCUGUAUUUUUUCCUUAAGUGACUUUUGCUGAUACAACACAGGAUGUAGCAUUACUGAGAAGAGAUACACAAUUUCCAGUUUGGAGGUAGUUUUAUUGUUGAAAAUAUUCCUGAAUUGAACUAUAAAGUUAAAAUCUUACUGUUAACUCUGAUUAGUAGGUUUACGCUGUAUGUUUUCAUGUCUUGCAUGCUGACUGUAUCCUAGGCUGAAUGUGACUGUAUUUAACAUGAGAUCUCAAAGGCACUGAUAAAGUCACUCUUGCCUGUGUAAGCAAA